GACUGUCGAAGAAAGCGGAAGUGGUAAUAGGGAAGUAUUUCAUUCCGGAUGCGUAGCUUUGCUUCACCGAGAAUUCCUGGCUGAAUGCAGUGGGCCAUCAAAACAAAAACAGCACUCACACACAUACAGUGGCUAAUGUCACUGAGAGCUAACGUUACUGUCCUUAGAUAUAUCAGUUUGCUGUUUCACCAUGCUACUGAAGUCUUGUUGCAUUUACAGCACCGGAGUUUUUUCUAUACUACUUCUGAUCUCGGGUAUUGCUUUGGUCUUGUCUAACGUGUUUACACAUUUGGUACAGUCGGUGGUUGAGAAGGAAGUAGUUUUGAAGAAUGGCACAGAGGCAUUUGAGGCCUGGGAGAAUCCACCGGCCCCUAUUUACAUGCAGUUUUACUUCUUUAAUCUGACCAACCCCAUGGAGGUGCUGGAUGGGGAUCGGCCUGCUGUGAUUGAGAUUGGACCAUAUACAUACAGAGAGUACCGGCCUAUGGAGCAAGUGGACUUCCAUGAUAAUGGCACUAAAGUAGCAGCUGUCAACACUAAGACCUACAUAUUCCAGCGUAACAUGUCCCGAGGUCCAGAGAGUGACCUCAUCAGGACAGUCAACAUCCCUGCAAUGACGGUGAUGGAGCAAUUCAAGGACCAGGCUUUCUUUGCCAAUCUGAUCUCCUCCUACAUGAAGGGCACCGGGGAAGGCCUGUUUACCACCCACACAGUGGGAGAGCUGCUGUGGGGUUAUGAAGACGGCCUGCUCAAAGCCUUCAGAACUUUAAAACCCGAUCUGGAUGAUGUUUUCGGACUCUUCUAUAAGACCAAUGCUUCCAACGAUGGUGAUUAUGUCUUCUUCACUGGACAGCAAAACUACAAGGACUUUUCCAGAGUGGAUACAUGGAACGGUGAAAGCAAGCUGAAUUGGUGGUCAUCUGAUGAGUGCAAUAUGAUCAAUGGAACCAACGGAGCAUCUUUCCAUCCAGUCAUCACCAAAAAUGAGACACUCUACAUGUUCUCCUCUGACCUGUGCAGGUCUCUGUACGCUCUGUAUGAGGAGGAUGUGACAGUGAAGGGGAUCCCUGGGUAUCUCUUCAGUCCCCCGAGCAAGGUGUUUGCCAAUCAUACCGUGAACCCAGCCAACGCAGGCUUCUGUGUCCCUACUGGAAAUUGCCUAGGCUCUGGUGUGCUGAAUGUCAGCCUAUGUAAACAAGGAGCUCCCAUCAUAAUGUCUCCACCACACUUCUACCAGGCAGAUGAGAAAUAUGUUCAGGAUGUAUUUGGCAUGAGGCCUAAGAAGGAGGAGCACCAGACUACGAUUGUUAUCAAUCCGCUGACAGGAAUCAUCCUGCAAGCAGCGAAGCGGCUCCAGGUCAACGUUUACGUCGAGAAAAUUCCCACCUUCAGUCAAACAGGAAACAUAAGGACAGUGAUCUUUCCUGUGGUUUAUAUCAAUGAGAGCGUUGUCAUUGACGACGCGUCAGCCAUGAAGCUGAAGGCGAUUGUUGUCAAGCAGAAUGUCGUGGCGAACAUUCCGUUCAUGCUGAUUGGUCUAGGCAUCGUUCUGGGAGGAGUCUUCAUGUUCCUGAUGUGUCGACAGAAGGUCCCCGAGAGCACGGCAGCUGAACGACAGCCCCUGCUCUCAUCAUAGCACCAAACAGUAUGUAAAAGGAGGAGUAUUGCCAUAUUUGCAGUAUAAUUCCACAUUUCAUGGGUUCAAUGGAUCUGAAGUUUUUUUUUUUACCAUUAACCCCCAAGUAAUAGUUUGCAUUAAUAACCACAAUUCCACCUUUUAAUCUGUUUUUUAAAUCAAAUGGUUUUAGGAAACAAAGUAAAGAGGUUUGUUACAGGGUUGGGGUUAAUGUCAUACUUACAAGUCAGUUGUAAGGAUGCUGAAAUCCCCUCUUUUUUUAAAUUAAAUAUUUCUCUUUUUUACUGCCAAAUAUGGGAUAUUGGAUUGAAACAACGUGAAUUGAGUAAUUUAAAUCUCCUACACAAUCUAAUUUGAAUUGUCUGGAGAGUCCGCUCUGAACAAAUACAACUACCAGGAAUUUAUGUGAAAAUAUACUGUAUCAUUAUUUGUGUGGGUGUGUGGGUGAGUGUGUGUGGGUGUGUGUGUUCAAAAGAUGAAUGGCUACAGAACUGAAAUAGUGAUGAAGGAACACUGUCAGUGUUUGUUUUUAGAAAUUGGCCAAUAAUCCAUUUUUAGCACGGUGUGGUCAGAUUUUUGAGGCAUCAGUAACAAGAACCGCUGUUUUAAUGCAAGACAAAUAUCCUUCAUUUUUUCACAUCAACAUUUCACAUUUUUGUAUUGUACCAAA